AUGAAGAAGUUCACGGAGUUUGUGCCUGAGGGCUGGGUUCCCACCUUCCACAACGAGCCGCCCAAAAAUACAGAGAAAGAUGAAGUUGAUCGGUUUCUUGCCGAGGCAGUGGAGCCUGAUCUGCUCGACAUCAUAGGCAACAAGUUGAAUGCUGCCGUGGACCAGGACAAGGGAUACGACAAAAAUGUGCGGUACAUUGCCCAGCGUGUGGGUGAAAUGACAGAUGAAGAGGCUCGAUCUAUUCUAAAAGCUUUCUACACAGUCCAUUUCGACGACGGAAAUCUCAGCUCAGAGUACAAAGAUCACAUCACUGAACUUGCCAAGGGAUAUCCCGGGAUGGGAGGAGACCCCCCUGGACCUCGAGACCCUGAGAUCCCUUACGACGACGAUAAAGACGAGGCUCCUGAAGACUACUCGCUUGAAGUGCGGUUCCAAGCCUCACUUGUCAAGUACUGGAGUCCCUAUGUUGAGGUGCGAGCCGUCACUGACGCCUACGACGACCCCAACGAACCCUGCGAAACCAUUCGUUCGUACUUUGUGGGUUUCAUCUGGAUGGUGAUCGGAGCAGGCGUUAACCAGUUCUUUGCCUUCCGCUUCCCCUCCAUUUCUCUACCGUCCAACAUUCUGCAGCUGCUGUCUUAUCCUUCUGGAAAGCUGCUGGAGUUCAUUCUGCCCGACUGGGGUUUCACUUUCAGAGGCCAUCGAAUCUCUCUGAACCCCGGUCCCUGGUCUCGUAAGGAACAAAUGUUUGCCACCUUUUUCAUCUCCGGAGGUGGAACUCCUUACAUUACCACCGCAAACAUUCCUGUCCAGCUGCUUCCCAUGUUCUACCACGAGACCUGGGCAACCUUUGGUUAUCAAACGAUUCUCACUCUCUCCAACCAGCUUAUCGGAAUGGGACUUACAGGUAUGCUGCGACGAUUCGCCAUCUACCCUGCCAAAGCAAUGUGGCCCAUGAGCAUGCCCACCAUUGCUCUUAACCGAGCUCUUCUUCAGCCAAAGCGAAAAGAACGUAUCAACGGAUGGACCAUUUCUGCCUACUUGUUUUUCUUCGCCAGCUUCUGCUUCAUGUUCAUCUACUUCUGGUUCCCCAAUUACAUUUUCCAGGCCCUUAGUACCUUCAACUGGAUGACCUGGAUCGCCCCCAACAACAAGAACCUGGCCUUCAUCACUGGCUCUCAGAACAUGGGAAUAAACCCCUUCCCUACUUUUGACUGGAACGUCAUUACCGGUGGAGCAGGUGAUCCUCUGGUUGUUCCUUGGUCGACUCUGCUCAAUGUGUACUUUGGCGUUUGGAUCGGUACCUUUGCCAUUAUCGGUGUAUUCUUCAACAAUGUCAGAAAUACUGCCUACCUUGCCAUGAACCAGCCUGGUAUCUACGACAACACCGGAAGUUCCUAUAACGUCUCCUUGAUUCUGAACUCCGCAGGACGAUUUGUCGAGGAGAAGUACCAGGCGUACUCCCCGCCCUUCUGGACCGCCGGCAGUCUGGUGUCUUAUGGAGCCUUCUUCACCGUCUACACCCUCGGUAUCUCCUACUGCUUGCUGCAGUAUCGACGAGACAUCUGGUCUGCCAUGAAAGAUCUUGCACGAGGAGUUCAGUUCUGGAGAAAGGACGAGUUCAGAAACACUCAUCACGACAACACCUUUGUUCGGUCCAUGAACAACUACAAGGACGCGCCUGAGUGGUGGUUCAUUGCUCUGCUGCUCGUCUCCUUCGGACUGGCAGUGGCUACUGUUGAGCACUGGCCCACCAACACGCCUGUCUGGGGUAUUGUAUUUGUGCUUGGUUUGAACUACGUCUUUCUGAUUCCCAUUACCAUGAUCUCCGCCUACACUGGAAGCACCUGGUCCAUGAACGUGCUGGUUGAAAUCAUUAUCGGUGUGGCCCUCAAGGGUAGACCCCAGGCCCUGAACAUUCUCAAGGCCUAUGGUGUCAUGAUUGACUCUGAAGCUUCGGGUAUGGCUUCUGUCUGGAAAAUCGGUCUGUACACUUAUGUUCCUUCUCGGGCCGUGUUCCGAUCUCAGAUUAUUUCCGCCGUUCUCGCCAGUUUCACCUGUCUCGGUGUUCUGCAAUACCAGCUUCAUCUCCAGGGUAUCUGCACCCCUGCUCAACGGUUUACCACCAAGUUCACCUGUCCCGGACUGCAGCAGUUCUUCUCUGCCUCAGUUCUCUUUGGUGCCAUUGGAACUGAAAGAUUCAUGACCCAUCUCUACCCCUUCCUCAAGUGGUGUUUCCUUCUGGGAGCAGCUCUUGGACCCUUCUUUUGGUUCAUUCAAACCGGUGGACCCGAAAUGUUGGCCAAGUGGAAGCCCCAGUACGCUAGAAAAUGUGUCCAGUGGUCUCGACGAGCCAACCUAUUCAACCCCGUCAACGCCUGUGUUGGUAUUAUUUCGUUUGCCCCCGGUAACCUCUGCUAUUUCACCGGAGCAAUUUACGUCGGUGCUCUCUGGAGAUUCUGGGUCCGACGACGAUACAUCAAGUGGUGGGCCAAGUACACGUAUGUUCUCUCUGCUGGUUUCGGCUGCGGUAUCGCUCUCUCCGGCAUCAUUAUGUUCUUUGCUCUCUCGUACCGAACGGGCACAACCAAGGCUCCUGAAAUCGACUGGUGGGGAAACAAUGCCCCUGCCACAGGUUUUGACGGCCAGGCUGGUCCCAGACUUGAUAUUCCUGCCGUGGGCUACUUUGGCCCUCCUGCACCCUUCCCUUAA